AUAUCGCUACCUCAUUGCAAGAGGGUCGUAACUCCAAAUUUGCUAGUUUUGAGUUAUAUGGUGUACAAGAUUGCCGAAUUGAUUCUGCAUCUUUUGGUAAAAGAGUCGUAAAUCUAGGUGAAUUAGCGGCCGAGAGAUGGCACUAAGAAGAUUUUUAGUGAACAUCAAAAUAUCUCUGAGGGUUGUGGCAACAGUGUCGUAGUCAGUGUUACUAUGGCAGUCGUUGAGGUAACAUCUCUCGAAUUUUGUUCAUGACUGUUAAUUUACUCAUGAUUAAUUAAUGAUGUCCCGUGGAUUGAAAUGUGUGCAAAUGGCAUUGCAAAGAAGAACAAAAUUGGAACAGGCUAGUGAGAAAGACGGAUCGGUAUCAGAACCUGAUGAUAAGAACGAUGGACGUCAAAUGAAUCCUGACUUAAACUCAGCACCACCAGAUGCCCAGACUGUGUUGCCAGAAGCAAAUUCAUCUCAAUUUGUAAGAUCAUCUUCUAGUGGAUCAUCUUCCAGUGGAUCAUCUUCUAGUGGAUCAUCUUCCAGUGGAUCAUCUUCCAGUGGAUCGUCUUCCAGUGAUUCAUCAGACAAUGACACAGAAAACAAAUAUGAUGGUUUAGCCCCCAAAAAAACAAAGAAACGAAAACUGAAGCAGAGUGAGUGGAAACGGAAUAUGAAUAAAAAGAGGAGAAACAUGGGACUUGCUUAUGAAUCGGCUGCAAAGAAACAGAAAGAGGCGCGGAAAAUCAAACCACCUUGUAAAGAAACUUGCAGGAUGAAGUGCACCAGUAACAUAUCUCAUGAUCAAAGACAACACAUUUUUGAAUCAUACUGGAACCUAGGGGAUAUUGACCUUCAAAGAGAAUACAUAGCAAAAUGUACAAAGGAAGUAAAGCCAAUUUACAGAUGCAUAAGGGAAAAAAGACAGCGUGGACCAAGGGGAAACAACAUUUGGUAUUCCUUCCCAGUUGAUGGUACAUUAACAAGAGUCUGCAAAACAUUUUUCCUCAAUACUCUUGACAUAAAUGAUAGGGUUACUAGGACAGCAUUAACUAAACAGAAGAGAGCAGCAGGAUUGGUGUCUGAAGUAGAUAACAGAGGAAAACAUAAAAACCAUCCUACGCUUGAUCCACAAAUCAAAGAAGGAGUUAGAGCUCACAUAGAAGGAAUUCCUAGAAUCGAAAGUCACUACACCAGGGCACGGACAGCUAGGGAAUACAUUUGUGGGUCUCGAAGCCUGGCAGACAUUCAUAGGGAUUAUGUCCAAGAAUGUAAAGAUAAGAAGAAGCCCUAUGCAACUUACUCAAUGUUCUACAAUAUUUUUCAGAAUGAGUACAAUAUCGCUUUCUUUGCUCCUAAGAAAGAUCAGUGUGACUUGUGUGUGUUGUUCAAUAAUGCAGAUGGGGAAGCUAAGGAAAACUUAAAAGAAAAGUAUGACACACAUCAAUGUGAAAAGGUACUUUCAAGGGAAGAGAAGAAGCAAGAUAAAACUGAAGGAAAUGCUAUAGUUGCUGUGUAUGAUCUACAAGCCGUACUGCAACUUCCACAAGGUGAUGUAUCCACCUUCUAUUACAAAUCAAAAUUUAAUGUCCUAAAUUUCACAAUUUAUGAUAUCAAGACUAAUGAAUGUGACUGUUUUCUUUGGGAUGAAACAAAUGGUAAUAGAGGAGUGAAUGAAAUAGGCUCUUGCAUCCUAAGUUAUAUUAAAGAAUUAUGUGAUAAGAAUCAAGGAGAAGACAACAUUGAAAUAAUUUUCUAUUCUGAUAACUGUGCUGGGCAACAAAAAAACAAAUUUAUGCUUGCAUUGUAUUUGUAUGUUGUCACUAAUUUGCCUGUUAAGUCAAUCACCCAUAAAUAUCUGAUAAAAGGCCACACACAGAAUGAAGGCGACUCUGCGCAUUCUCUGAUUGAAAAACAAAUAAGGAGACUGAAGAAAGGGGGACCAAUAUUCGUUCCUGAAACCCUUGUCACUGCGAUUCGCUCUGCAAAGAAAACAGGCCAGCCGUUCCAAGUUCGCGUAAUGCAGUAUGAUGACUUUAAAAAUGUGAAGUCUCUUACUACACAAAUGGGAGCAAUCAAUGUCAAAGAUUUAAGAUUAAGUGAAAUCAAAGUCAUGAAGUUUGAAAAGCAAUGUCCAGCCUCAGUCUUAGUGAAAUAUUCAUACAGUGAUGAAUUCAAACGUGUUCUAUUGAUCAGAAAACCAAAGGUUGCCACAGAUCUCUUGCAGUGUUACUCAGAGAAAAUUCCCCUAAGCGAAAAUAAGAAAAAAGAUCUUAAAGAACUCUGUGAAAAAGGCUUAAUCCCACGUCCCUAUUCGGACUUUUUUAACAACAUUACCUAAUUUUGAUGCUUAAUUGGUCACAAAGAUGUAAUACUUAUCAUUCAUUUUUUUUUUAUAACUGAGUUACGGCCAAGGGUAACAAAAAUUUAAAGGAAAUACUUGCUUCAUGUAAUUUAAACCUAUCUAUUUGAAAGAUUUCAUUAAUUUGAAGGAAAUUGUUUGCUUUAUGUGGCUGAACCAAUUGAUUUGAAAGAAAAAAAACUUUUUUUUUUUUUUUUUACUUUUUUUUUUCUUGGUAUGCAUUUUGUUGGAAGAAUAACAACAGAAUAUAAUGGUAUAAUAUAUUUCUGAAUAGGUACACAGCAUUUAUGAUUUAUUUCAAUUUGUUUUGUUACUGAAUGGAUAAAUACUGUUCUUUUUGUAAGGAAUAUUUAGUUUUAUAAUAAACUGGAAUCAUA